UAGUAUCUGUGGUGUUUGUGGGGCGUGCUCAUACCCAGUUGAGUGUCUCUCACGCCGCCGUGCGUCUUCGUCGUCGUCGUUAUCGUCUCUAAGGCGUCGCCUCCUCCUCCUCCUUCAGCCGCGAAGAUGUUCGGUCUGGGCCGCUUCGCUGGGAACUUUAUACAGGCGGUGGCGGGGGAGAUUGGAGGGAACAUCGGGCAGCAGUUCUUUCAGAUGAUUGCCGACUCCUCCAAUCAAGACAGCUGGCCCCCGAAGGUUCAGCCGACCCUGCAGAGCGAUGAAGACGCUCAGUUCCGUCGCGUGUUCACCCAGCUCGCCGGGGAGGACAUGGAGAUCAGCCCUGGGGAGCUGCAGGGAGUCCUGAACAAGGUGGUCACCAAACACCGCGACCUCAAGACGGACGGGUUCAGCAUUGAGUCGUGUCGCAGCAUGGUGGCCCUCAUGGACUCGGACGGCACGGGGAAGCUGGGCUACGAGGAGUUCAAGAUCCUGUGGAACAAGAUCAAGUCCUGGCAGACUCUGUACAAGCAGUAUGACGCAGACCGCAGUGGUGCGAUGUCGGCAUCAGAGCUGGGACCCGCCCUGGCAGCCGCCGGCUUCAGGCUGAAUGAUCAGCUGCUGCGCGUCAUCACGCUCCGCUACGCGGAGGAGGACGGCAACGUCGACUUCGACAACUUCAUCUGCUGCCUCGUUCGCCUGGAGGCCAUGUUCCGCGCCUUCCAAGCUCACAACCGGGAUGGGGACGGCACCAUCAAGCUGAACGUGCUGGAGUGGCUGCAGCUCACCAUGUACGCCUGAGGGCCGCUGAAGAGGAGGAGGCACGGGUGGGGGGAGGGGAGAGGGGAGAGGGGGACAGCAACAUGGCCGCCCCGGAGCAAGCGGCCAGGUGGUCCGCCAUCUUCACACGCGCACGCACAGCUACAUGCUUGCAUGCACGCGCACAAACACGUACGCGUGCACACGUACACACGCGGCGACGGACACGCACAGAUACGUACACGCACGCGUAAUUAGGUGUUGAAACACAGACAGGCAAAGAUAUCCCCACGCACGUACAUACUGUAUGCAGGCACACACAAAGACAAACAUCCCCCGUAUAGUCAGGGAAAGAACUGUGAGCGAGCAGCUAUUAAGGCCGGCAUGGCACACGACGGGGUGGGUGGUCAACACCACGCCUGGCCGCCUUUGGAUCCCCAGGUACUCAUUUAAGGCUCAGGACGAGUUUGGAUAAUUGCUACUGUUCCGAGCUCGGCUUACCGAGUUCAUAGUGCAGUGCGCCAACCACUGCGACAUUGUUACGCGAGUGUGUGUGCACGGACCAAGACCAAGACACGCAUACCCUGUAUAGCCUUAACGGGCUGUUGGGGCUAGUGCUGUUAGCGAGCAUCUUUGAAGGGACACACACCGUUGCACAUGCACACAUACACACGUGCAGCUAAAUGCUUACACACAGACGCACGCACGCACGCAAGGUCAGUUGCAUGCGCCUAUUGCAGUGCGGAAAAACGCAAUCACGCGCGCGCUCGCGCACACACACACACACGUACACGCCGCACGCUCUCAUUCGUGCUCGUAAGCUUACGCGUCAUUCGCCGGGUCACGUGACCACAGCGUUGGUCGUUUGGUGCCUGUUGUUCGUCGGCACGAGUCGCCCCUCGCGAGCGACACGGGGAGGGGAGGAGGAGGAGGGGGGGGGGGGGGUCACGAUGGCCGUGUCGGAGCCGCCACUGCCUAGAUCGUGAGUUUCAGCCGCCUCUUUAAAUCGGAUUUUAAAGUUAGAGAGAGAGAGGUGAGGGGUCGAUGGUGGUGACUGGAGGGACCGACGUGCGGGCUAGCGCUCUUCUUUUUAAGCGAGGCGUGCGUCAAGCAAGAUUCGUUACCCACCAUUGUAAAUAAUAAUGAGAGACGUCUCGAAGCGAAUUCCGGAAGUGGAUUCCGUCGCGUCAUCUUCCGGGCGGGGCCUAGGAGGGGUGGGCGGGGCCUAGGAGGGGUGGGCGGGGCAUGGGAGCGAUGGGGGGGGCGGCCAGGUGGGGCACUGCUCACUCAGCCCCGCGCGCCACACGCACUGCGGUCAGCCCUGGCACGCCCCGGCGCUCUUUAGUUUUAACGGUUCGUCGGGUCAAACUUAGCAAGUGCCAAACGCCCCGUCGCCCUCCUAGCACGUGGCAGGCCAAACGCACCCCGGGACACCGUUUCUCAGUCGGGGCCCACUGGGUCUGUUCCUGUUGUCAAAUCCUCCGCCGCGUGCCGUCGUCCCGCAACAAAGAG